AUGGAUACGCUAUCACUGCUAUGCAGAUAUCUCUACCCGCGAUCUUUCACAGGCCUUGUCCAUCGGCUGCCGUUCGGACUCUACACGAAGGAAUGUCCUCGCUCUCCCGGUAAUGAAGCUGAGGCGCUACUCUUAGUGGAAAAGUACCCAGGAAGGCACCCUAUUCUCAUUAUGAUGGCGGUAGCUGGGCAAACCUUGGACAAAGUCUUUUAUCGGCUCUCGUACACGGAGCGCAAACAGUUAUCGAAAGACUUGAAGAGCGUCGUAUCACAACUGCGUUGCAUCCCGAACCAGACCCCUUAUAUCUUCGGCAAUAGUCACGGCGGCCCAUUGAGAAAUCAUCGGUUCCCCUCCGGCACAUGCGGUCCGUUCAACUCGAUCUUUGAUUUCAAAGAUUUCCUUGUUCAUCCCUACGUGCGCAAGGAGACAAAAGAGAAAAUUUCGGCCGUUUACGCUCGCACAUACCGAUCUGUUUUCACCCAUGCAGACCUGUACCCGAGCAAUAUUAUGCUUGAUCGCGGGUGCCUAUCUGGGAUUGUGGAUUGGGAGUGCGCUGGGUUUUAUCCUGAGUACUGGGAGUACACGAAACUCAUGUAUGACGCUGAAAUGUUCCCUGAAGUUCGACAGAUCAUUCUGAGGCGUUCUCGGAGGAAGGCUAUGAGGAACAAUUAG